AUGCAAUUGGUAGCGACGCCAUGAUUCAUUGUUUAAGAAAUUCUAAUUAUAAUAUCUUAAGUAGCAAUAUUAACAUUAUUAUUCGAAGCGUAUAUUUACAAUCAUAUUAAUAUAGAAAAUAUAUAGAAAAACUUUUAAUCAUUAAACCUAUUGACAUCUUUGUAGAAAAUAUGAAAUCAAUAAUGAUUUAAAUAAUGAUUUUUCUGAACAAGGUCAUUUGAAUGUCAUAUUGUUGUGAUAUGAAUAUGAUCGUUAAAUAUUUUGGCAUUAGCUACAAUUAUCUACUGAAAUACAAAGUUCCAUUUAAGAAGAUAUCCAUGACGCUCAAAUCUUGAAAAAUAUAAUUAAAAUAAUGUUUUGCACUGUGAUGAUACUAAUAUAAUGCUCAUGUGCUAUUUAAUAAAAAAAAUCAAGGUCGAUAUCUUCAACAGUUUUGGAGCAAUCAGUUGAGAACACUUUAUUAAAUGCUGCACCCUGCAUAUAAUAUUACUAUAAUAAAAUAUUAUGAUAUUAUGAUUAUGCCUAAUAUCAUUAUUGUUCAAUAUGUUCCGUGCCGAGCCGAUUUUUAAUCAUUUUUCGCUUAUGUUCUUCCGACGCAUGGUCCAUAUGAAGAAGUACGAUGCAAAUAAAAUUCUGUAUAAUACAAAUAUUAUUAAUCCUAUGCAUUUUUCAAAAAGAAUCCACCGCCAUCAAAUGUUAUCAAUGCAGCAGCAAGAAAGAUGAGGAUUGCACCAUCAAUAAAGUACAUUUUAAGUAUCUGAAAUUGUGUCCGUCAGAUUAUCCUUAUUGCCGUAAAGCUGUUUAUGUAUAUUACUUUAUGGAUUCGCAUAACGAUUUAACGAUGCGUGAAUGCGCAAAAUCGCGCAACAGCCAAAAGGAAUGUUAUCGAGGACGCUACAGCCGAGAUAGUUAUCAACUUGUCUGCGAAUGCGUGGGUUACGGCUGCAAUCGAUCUCGACGAUGCUCGCCCAGCCUCGCGAUCUACUUUCUGUGUACAUCUUUCGCGAUUGUGAAUCGCUUUAUCACAAAGGAUGCAAAUGCAAUCUUUUUUUAGCAUUAGAAAUAUAUAGUAUUGUAUGUGUCAUUGGUAAACGUGUUUACGUGUUUUUUUUUUAUUAUAAUAUAUGUGUUGUGUGUGCAUCUGUAUGCGAAUAUAAUCACAAUUACUCCUCGUAGUAUUAAUAAAACAAAAAUAUAAAUAAAACAUAUUAAUGUGCA